GCUGAUUCAAUUGCUCCCUCCAUCCACAGUUUCGCAUUCCACAGCUUAUUUAAAGACGGUCGACCGUGGCUCUUCCCUUUUGUUAUUGUAGUUGUUGUACAAAUUAACCAAGGUCCAAGGAGCCCUCUCUCUAGUUUCAUAGAUAGUCUAUCCUAAAUUUCUAAUGGCAACCGUUAGCAUUCCCAAGCCAUCCAAAUGGUUCUCCAACAAGAGCUUCAAAUUAAGCAUUAAUCCUCGCCGUCGCCCUCCUAGUCCUAAUAACCCACCUGACGCCGACGACAACAGCCAUUCAGAUUCAAGGAGGAGCCCUGAACCUGACAAUCAUCAUCCUGUGUCGUCUUCAUCAUCAAUUAAGGACAACACGCGAGCGCGAGAGAAUGAGCUACAGGAAGUUUUUCGUUACUUCGACUGUGAUGGCGACGGAAAGAUCUCGAGUUACGAACUCAUAGCCUACUUCGGAUCGAUAGGCGAGGAGAUGUCACAAGAGGAGGCACAAGGGGUGAUCACUGAUCUUGACUCGGAUGGCGACAAUUUGUUGGAUUUUGGAGAUUUUGUAAGGUUGAUGGAACGCGAGGGUGGUGGUGGGGAAGAUGAAGAUGAUCUAAAACAGGCGUUCCAGAUGUUUGAAGUGGAGAAGGGUGCUGGCUGCAUAACACCCAAAGGCUUGCAACAGAUGUUUACUCGCCUCGGAGACUCUAAAUCGUUUGAAGAAUGUGUAGCCAUGAUACAGAUAUUCGAUCUUGAUGGCAACGGCGUCAUUAAUUUCCACGAGUUCCACAUUAUGAUGACUACUUGAUCAUAAACACCUCUUCUACGGUUCUACCCUACCUUUGUCGUAUUUCGUGCAUGACUCACUGUGUUUCUUUGAUUUUAAUAUGUAUAUGCAUAUAACUAUGUAUGAUUUUUGUACAGUUGACCUGCCUUGGAUUUCGUCCUAUAUGUAAUAUGUAUGGCGUCCCAGUUCCAGUUCCA